UCAGUUUAUCGUAAACGGUUGGCACGUGAAGACCUAACGCCCCAAGGAAGUUCGUUUGAAAUACUUUUGGCGGUUAUUUUUCCCUCUUACAUACACAAGCACAAUAGCGAGACCAGACACCUGUUGUUCUUCUGUAGUGGUCUGUUUUGAGUGUGUGCGUAUUUUUGUGUUUACAUCGCGAACUUUGGAAUAGAAAAGAAAAUAUUUUUUACUGGAAAAUAUUGAAUGAAAUCGAAAUUUUCAGAAUGGAAAAAUUCUUGAGUGAAAAUUUGUUAUGAAGAAGGAAAAAUUAAAGGGGUCAGAUUUUCCGUGGUGAUUUGUAAAUGUUAGUGUUAAGCGGAGAUAAUGAUGAAAAUAGUGGAUCCUGAGUGAAACGAAAACAGGAAGUAACGUAAGCAAAAGCUCCUGGAGCCAAGCUUCGCAACCCCCAACAAGUGAAUAGAGAAGUUUGCCCUAAUUCUUGCACCGGGAUCGGGAAAAGUGCAACAGGCUAUUACUGCCUUUGUGACCUAAUUUCUCACCCAGUUUCGUGGGAACUUCACCCCUAGUGGAUAGAUGGAUGGACUAGCACAGUGACGGAUUAUAUUAGGUUACCGAGAACAAUAUGCUAUUGCAGGGGUUGCAAUUUUACCCUCUAACGAACUAGGAUUAUUGUAGCAACAAAUAUAGAGCAGGAGUUACUAUCUGGUGCGCGUUUACUAUAAAUCGACGAGAGAGAUGGUGUGUAUCUUCCAGAUACAAUACAGAAGAUACCACGGCGGGACUACCUGUCAGACCUGCGCGUAUCACAUUCCGUCGAGAAUAAAUUUCAAAUUGAACCCCCAUCGAGAAGCUGAGAAAGAUGGAAAACUCUUAUCGUCGUUUUUUGAAAAAAAUUAAAUCGAUGAAAAAUUCAUAUCUAUCGAAACGGAAAUCCAGUGCAUAUCGAAACAGAUAAUUAGAAUUUAUUAUCAAUUAUAGUGCGUUAUGUGAAGUGAACUCAAGUGUGGUAGAUAUUGUUUAUGUUCUGAAAUAGAUACAGAGAUAGAAGAGUAUCUUAAACAUUUAAAGGAUAUUAAAAUUAAAGGAAAAUACAAAAACGGUUUAGCAAAAGGAAAAAUGGAAGUCAACCCAACCGAAUAUUACGAAAUAAUCAACCCUCCCCCCGGGGGCGAUGAAAUACCCCUCGUUAUUGAGGACCUAUUUCGAGAGAUUCCUGGCGGUGUGGCGACCCGAUCACGUGUGAUUGAAUCAAGUGUUGCAUUCUGGGCUGUUAUUGAUGGUAUUCUACUGGUUUUCAUACUAAGCGGAAAUAUUCUCACUAUUCUGGCCGUUCGAUGUAGUCGACGUUUACGUUCCGUCAUAUCGAAUAUGUUCAUAUUGUCGUUGGCGAUAUCAGAUACGGUGGUGGGAUUUACACUGCCCUAUCAUUUGGCAUUCUAUAUUGGAUCAAGUUUGGGAGAAUCACGGACGUGGUGUUUGCUGCGAUUUUUUCUUAUUAUCCUGGCGUGCUGUGUGUCGAUAUGGAACUUAAUUGCUAUCGCUUUGGAUCGAUAUAUUGCAAUAGUGUAUCCGUUACAUUAUAGUCGCUACAUGACACGAAAAGUUGCAAUAUUUCUUCUGGGAUUUGGAUGGGUGCUGGGCGCCACGAUAGCAUCAAUUCCAAUGUUUUGGAAUAAUUGGCUCACGGCCAAAUCCUGUGAAUUUGACGAGGUCCUACCGCCAUGGUAUAUGGCCGGGAUUAUUACACCAGGAUUCUCAAUGAUAUGGAUUUGCAUGUUAAUUGUCUACUGGCGUAUAUGGCGCGAGGCAUCAAAACAUGUUAAGCAUCUUCGGUCGUCGGCAAAUGGAAUUCAUGAGAUCCCGUCCGACUGGAAAUCCGUUCAGGUGGUGCUUAUCAUCUUGGGUUGCUUUUCAAUAUGCUGGCUUCCCUACUUCAUAAUAGCGUGCGCCCUAAUGUUCAAUUUUAUCGAGGGCUCAUCACCCACCCUUUACAAAGGAGCAUUCUCCCUGGCAAUGGCCAAUUCAGGAAUGAAUCCAAUCAUCUAUGCAUGGAAGAACACCAGUUUUCGUCGAGCCUUCGCGCGUCUCCUGCGAUGCCAAAGUCCCGACUACAUUGACGUUAGCCAGCACAGCACCCGAUCAAAUAUUCAUCGGAAGAGUUCAUCCCUUCAGCAUCAGAAUCAGACCCCACCGAAUAGUGCAACAAGUGGAAAUUUCAACGCGUUCGCCGAGAAUAUGGCGGUGGCAAGGACGAAUAGUGACAGCAGUCAGUGCAGUCAGUAUAACUUGAAUGAUAUUCGGAGGCCACUGAAAAAGUCACCAUUCAAGCUUCCAAUCGCGGAAACAGUGGUGCUUGCGAAUGGGGUGACAGUGAAAAACGAGAGGUUGGACGUGAAAUUCGAUAAGAAUGUCACCCAAAUUCCUGUUGUUCCUGAGGAGAAUACAAGCACGCCUGCUGCAAAGUUGGUGAAUUUUCGGGCCAAAGGUUUGGUCAUACAGCGAAUUGACUGUGACGGGAAUGCGAACACAGAAAUACGAAUUGUGAAUGCGAAUGAUGGCCUAAAGCCAGCAACUCCGAUUGAAAUGAAAAACUAUCUGUCAGUCUCGGACCCGGCCACUCCGCAGAAAAUCCUAGCCAACGGGAUGAAUGAGAAAAACCUAAUUUUGAGCAGUUUCAGCAGUCACUUUUGCAAGAGUCAAUUAAUCUAAAUUUUUAAUCUUUCGAAUUUUAUAUGAUUUUUUAUAUAUGUCAAUGUUUUUUCUAUUGGAUAUGAACCCUGUCACAUUCUAUGAAUAUUUUCCGGAUUGGAAAUACCAAAUUAUGAUUAAGUUGAACUGCUGUAGUUACUGUGAUAUUCGAUAUUUAAGUUUGUUGUACAUUUGUAAUGGUAACUGGGAAGAUACGACUUCUACUCGCCUAAAGACUAAACUGUGUAUUCUUGAACAUUAGCGAAAAGGCAUUAAGGUACUUAUUAGGGAAUAACAAUGAAAUGUGUACAAAUCGAAAGUUAUUAAGCCAAAAAUAGAUGUUAAUCUAUGAAAGAUAUGACCCAUAUUAUAGUCAAUAUAGUCUAAAUUAAAAUGGACAUAAUAAAAGAUAUAAAGUAUUCA